AUGUCAUUAAAUAGUACAUCUCCGGUCGCAACUGAAUCCAAUGGUUCAUCAUCAGGUGUUUCAUCGAUGACCACAACUCCAUGUGAUGAGCGAACGUGUUCAACAGCCAAGUGUGCAUUGUGUCUUCAUUGUUCUCAGGAGUAUUGUUUUGUGCAUUUUCUCAAACACAAUGAACAACUAACACUUAACGCCUACAAUUUUACAGUAGCUAUCGAUCAACUUGAAGAUCAAAUAAAAAAUCUAAAAUUAGACGAAUCUCUCCGUCGAACAAUUUAUUCACUUGAUCAAUGGCGUAAAAAUCUAGUCCGAACAAUAGAAUUUGUUUAUCAAGAAAAGCUCUCGUCAAUCAAGGCAAAUUACAUUCAACUAAGUCAUUAUCUACAACAAUUCCAAUUUGAACAAUCAUCACAUAUUCAAACAUUAAGAGUCGAUCUCGAACAAAUGAAAUUUAUCCGUAGUACUUAUGAUCAAGAAAUGGAAAAAAUUCAAAUGACAAUAAAACAAUUACAGAAAAACUUGUCCGAUUUGCAAUAUGAUUUACAAUUGAAGGAAGGGCAACCACCAAAUAUAUACAAUUCUAUCGAUUGUGAAAUCGUGUGGAAACGUAAUCAAACAGAAGAUUUACAACGUUCAACAAGUGAAGAUGAUGAAGAAAUAAACACUGGCGUCAAUCAUGAAGGUGGCAUCGGCGGUGAUGAUGACGACGUUCUUGAUUAUUCUACAACAGGUACAUCAACACCAAGUCCAGCCACUUAUGAACAUUGCUUACUUUCAUUUCUUGUUGGAAAUGAUUCAUCAUCAUUAGUAACCAAUAAAGAUGAAAAAACAAUGCCGUCGAAUAUUAAGAAAAUUCUACCAAUGAAAAGACAACUAUUGAAUGAGAAAAAACGAAUCAAUAAUACGACAACAUCAACAACAAUAUUGAAUAGCAAUAACAAAAAGAGAAGAGUCUGCGUGAGUUGUGGGAAAUGCUAUCAUCCAAGUAGUUUACAACGACACUACCGUCAAUGCAAUCGUCAAUCAACUUUUCAACCAAUGGAUUCAUCGAAUUCAGAUUCGAAAUUACUCAGUGACACAACGUUAAAAAUAGUAACGAAUACAAUCAAUCAAGCAGACAAUCUAGUCGAUGCAUAA